AUGUCACCGCCCCCGAGUAUACCUUCCGCAGAACCAACUAUCCUCUUCCGGCCCUCCAAGAAACGCAAGAUCUACCGCCAGCGUGCAACCUCCCAGGAACCAGAUGUUCCAACGCCAUCUGCGCCCGAAGCGCAAAGUCUCGAUGAGUUGAUCAGCAGCACAGCGCAGGAGGCGGAAGUCGAAGGAGUGCAGGUGCCCAUGUCUGAGAUAUUGCGACUUCGCAAGCAGAGGAAAGGGAAAGGAGGGGUUGUGUUUGGUGUUGAUUCUAGCUCCCGUGCUGAUAGAGAGGAGGGGCGAGAAUUAGCUAUCAGAGCGCCAGAAGAAGAAAAGGCAGAAGAGGGUUUAGAAAGUAAUGGAGGUGUGGUGAGGAAGUUUGCGCCCCAGACAGGGACGAUAGGUGAUGUGGAUAGGCAUAUGAUGGCUUAUAUAGAUUCUGAGCUGGCCAAACGUCGUAUCUCUGAAGGUUCCCAACCUUCUGCUGCAGCUGGAUCUAUAUCGUCGUCGAUAGAACGCGCAACGAUUAAUUCGAACAAGACUGGCGAGGUUAAUAGACAGCCUGCGGCGCUCGGCAAGAUACUGGAAGUUGAUCUUGGUGAUGAGGUUAGGAGUAAGAAUGUUGCACGUACAAACAGAUUGUUGAAUGGAGAAGAGGUGGAGGAUGGUGUGCAGCGGAAGCCAGCCAAGGUACGCCUGGGAAGAGAUGGGAAACCGUGGAGGGGGAGGAAGAGAAGAGGAAGUGAUGAUAUUGCUAGAGAUAAAAUCGUUGAAGAUCUGUUGCGGGAGAACCGGCUUGAAAUAUACGAAGAAACGCCAACUCCACCACCAAAUUCUAACGGUGACCAAGCAGCCGAUGAUGCCCUAGCCGACGCUUUUCUGAAAGACUAUAUGGAUUCGGUAAAAUCAAGACAGCCUAGGGUGCCGCAAGUGGCUAGUACAGCGAAGACGGCGCAAGCUAAGAAGGAAGAAGAGGCGUUGAAGGGACCGAAGUUGGGAGGGAGUAGAAAUGCAAGAGCGGCUAUGAGAGAACAGAUGUUGAAGGAUGCGAGUAAAAAACGGUAG